AUGAAUACGAAUACGUUGUUGCAAGUACUCCUCGUCCUCCUCGCGGUGGCAACUUUUCUUGGUUCGACCGAAUGUAAAGUGAUCAUCACCGAAGUUGGCGCGAACAGCGAUAUUAACGAUUCGACUGGCUCGGGCGCAGAUUUUAUCGAGAUACACAACACCGGCAGUAUUGGUACGGACGCGGUGGACUUGGCUGGGUAUAAACUCGCCGACGAUAAAGGCGUCGCCGAUGCGGACGUGUUUACGUUCCCGGCUGAGACGCCGCCGUUGAGACCGAAGGAAACGAGAGUUUUAGUCAAAGGUGAUCCUUCAUCGUUCGCGUUUGGGAUUGGGAAGUCCGAUACGGUGACUUUGUUCAAUGCGGCGGGUAUCGAGGAGGAUACGACGGGCCCUUUGGACGGCGGCGAUAUCUCCGGGCAAACGUGGCAACGGUUGACGAAUUCGGCGCACGGGUAUGGCACGGAUGAUACGGAUUUGGCAGCUUUUGGACGACAGACGUACAUGACGCCCGGUCGAUUGAAUCAUCCGGUCAAAGUUUUCAUCUCAGAAGUCUCUUCGAAAGAUUCUGCGGCCGACUCGGUCUGCUCUGGCGUAGAUUUCGUUGAAUUGUACAACGCGGGAACGUCCACAGUCGACCUGGGGGCGGGAUACAGUUUGUCCGACGACAAAUGGCACGAGGAUGAAGAUUCUUGGGACAUACCCGCCGGAACGACCAUUCUCCCGGGCGAGUUCAAAGUGUUCUGUACAGGAACUCAUUUUGCGUACGGCAUAGGUAAAGACGAUGCCGUCGUUCUGCACGACCCGUCUGAUAUAGCCGUGGAUACGACUGGCACUAUGGACCAAUCGCAACACGUGGAAGGAUAUUCUUGGUCCCGACAGGGUGACGAAACGAACGAAAUGGACUUUGUUUCUUUUGCGACCUCGGUUCAACAAACUCCGGGUGCCUCGAAUAACGUCGGCAUUUGCACGUCGUUGGUGUUGAACGAAAUCGCCGAUAAAGGCACCGGAACUUCGACGUGCAACGACGAAGAUUGGAUCGAGCUUUACAACAACUGCCCGACGGCGAUCAACUUACACAACUGGAAACUUCACGACGACAAGGGGGUCGAUCACGAGGAUUCAUACUUACACGGAAAUAGCGACGUCAUCAUCGAAGCUGGAGGGCACCAUAUUUUGUGCGGCGCGACUGAUUUUCAAUUUGGCGUCGGAUCUGAUGAUACCAUCACCUUGAUAUCUCCAGGUGGAGACACCGUCGAUACCGUUGGCCCCCUCGUCGCUGGUCGUGGCAACUCUUCCGUCACGUAUCAAAGACAGGCGGAUGGCACGGGAGAAUGGACGUACAGAACGCCGCCGACGCCGGGAACAACAAACGGGGCAUCCACGUACGUUCCGGCGAAUGGCGCUUCGUUGUACGCCCCGCCCGGUUCAGUGACGGUUGCAUUGAACGAAAUUUCGUCGUCGAAUACGAGUGCUGCGCAUUGCAAUGGCGAGGAUUGGAUCGAGUUGUACAACUACGGGUGUGAAGAUGUCAACCUGGAGAACUUUUACAUUGCGGAUGAAAAAGGUCACUUGCACGCGGACGUGUAUCGUUUCCCGUCUGGCUCGUCCAUACAAGCAAAAUCUCUCAAAGUACUUUGCAAGAUCACGGACUUUGCAUACGGUAUCGGUGGCUCUGAUACGAUAUCCUUGCACAACAAGGAGGAACAAAUCAUCGACUCGUAUGCGCUCACCGGUUUACAAACAAAAGAGAACUUAUCCACCAUGCAACGCUCCCCGGACGGCACGGGCGAUUGGACGCUCUUGAAAGCCUCCCCGAACGCCUACAACUCCGCCACGCAAGGUGGUACCUCGUGUUCCUCGAAAUCAGCACUUUCCAGCGAAGUCUUGGGCGGUGCCAUCGGUGGCGCCAUCGUGGGCGUCUUAUUAAUCGCAUUUGUCUUGGUCAAAACGUGCACGUCCAAGAAGCGCAUCUUGGUCCAAGAAAUUCGCAAAGACGUUCGCGCGCGUUCGGACGACCCCGAAUUCGGUCUCGGGAUGCGGGCUCAGUACGAGCAGAAAGGGAAAACGUCGCUGAUGUUGACCGAAUACUGA